UGUCGGUUUCUUGGGAUUGUUUUGGUGUUAGGCUCGUGGAGACCAGGAAUAGAAAGUUUUUGGAUUCGUUAUUGGCGAGGAAUCGAACAGGGUUAAUAUGAAACAACUGGGUAUUGUGUGUUGUACCUGGAAAUGAUUCUGGGUGGUAAUAGGCGAUCUUUGAGUUUUGGAGGUGAUAUUUUUGAGAGAUCUUGGUUUUCCUAUUCAUAUGCCAUCUAUGGCUACUAAUUUGAUUUAGUGAGAGAAGACAGACGGGAAAGGGCUUCGAAUUGCCACUAACUACCUUCUCUGAUUGCUUCUCCACUGUUCGCCUAAUUUAAGAAAUGAAUUCAUUGUCUUGAGGAAUUGUUACUAAUUGGAGGGAGAUGAGUACUAGGAAAAUUGGCUUCUGAAAACUCUCUUUGAGGCAGAUGAAACAAGAAACCAGAGUUCUGGCUUUUAGUGUAGGUCCUAUAUUCCGGAAGUUGGAGACGUAAAGAUUUGUAGUACGGGGCAGGGAUUCGAAUGUGAGAGUGUCGGUGUGCCCAUUUCGUGCAUUUGCUGAAGUGGAAUAGCAACUCUAAGCUUCAAGUUGAUUCCAUUUUUCUCGGGCAUGAAGACAUGUUGUGUGACCAUCUCAGUAGCUAUAUGUUGACCUUUCAAUUUCAUGCUCUUCUUUUGCCGUUGAUAGUGACCUCAAUUUUCUGAAUUAAGAGAGGCUGCACUUGCUUGUAAAUUAUGCAUGUCUGGCCCUGUGGCCCAUGUUGAAGAUAUUGAUGGAGUACAUUCUCAACCUGAGAAAGGACAACCCCUUCAGGAACCAAGCUCCUUCAGUGAAAGGGAACAUUCUCCUAGACAGUCCAAUGGCCAGACCUCUCAGCCUGUUGGAUCCAACAUCCGUGAAGUGGGGGAGUUGGUGCUUCCUAACAGGGAUGUAUAUUCAGGAUCACUAUUGGAUUGCAUGCCAGAGGGCUUGGGGAAGUAUAUUUGGUCUCAUGGGUGCAUUUAUGAGGGUGAAUUGAAAAGAGGUGCAAUAGAUGGACAUGGCAAGAUUGUAUGGCCCUCUGGAGCAAUUUAUGAAGGUGAAUUUGCUGGUGGUUAUAUGCAUGGCAGAGGAACAUAUUCCAGGCUUGAUAAAGUCACAUACAGUGGGGGUUGGCAAUUUAGUGUCAAACAUGGAUCUGGAAAGAAAACUUUUUCUAACGGGGAUGUCUUUGAAGGUAUUUGGGUUGAGGGCAUGAUAGAAGGCCCUGGAAAGUAUGUUUGGUCUAAUGGGAAUACCUAUACUGGUAAUAUGAAAGGUGGAAAAAUGUCUGGGAAAGGUGUCAUGGUUUGGACAAAUGGUGAUUCUUUUGAAGGACACUGGAUGGGUGGCAUGAUGCAUGGAUUUGGAGUUUAUACAUGGGCUGAUGGUGGGUGCUAUGUUGGAACAUGGAGCAGGGGUCUGAAAGAUGGAAAAGGAGCAUUUUAUCCUAAAGGUGGAAAGCUUCCUGCAGUUCAAGAGCUUUACCUUAGUUCUUUAAGAAAAGGUGGUCUCUCACCAAACUCGAUAAUGCAACAAAGUCAUACACAUAUUCGUCAUGCUUCUUCUGUCGACAUAGGAAACCUCAAGUUUCGCAAGCCCCCUAGACCUGGUCGUGGUUCAUCCACAGUUCUCCCCCAAAAUAUUCCACGGAACUCAGACCACCCCAAAAAUAGAAACGUGUCUUUGGAAAGGCGCUGGAGUCUAGAAGCUGCACUCGAAAAGUUUAUUGGUCAUGAUGCAUCAAAUACCACAGAAACCAUUCCAGAAGAGAGUGAGGAGGAGUUGAGCACGAAUGUACCUAUUUUGGAAAGAGAAUAUAUGCAAGGUGUUCUUAUCAGUGAGGUGGUGAUCAACCGUAGCCUCACAUCACUAUCAAGAAGUGCCAAAAGGAAGCAAAAAAAACUUGCAAAGGAUAUAAAAAGGCCAGGCGAAACCAUCAUUAAGGGCCACAGAAGUUAUGAUCUUAUGCUUAACCUGCAACUUGGAAUCAGAUACACGGUGGGAAAAAUCACACCAAUACAGAGACGUGAAGUCAGAGGGUCUGAUUUUGGUCCCCGAGCUUGUUUCUGGAUGAAUUUUCCUAGAGAAGGUUCCCAAUUGACACCUCCCCAUCAAUCAGUUGAUUUUAAGUGGAAAGACUAUUGUCCAAUGGUUUUCAGGAAUCUCCGUGAAAUGUUCAAGAUAGAUGCUGCAGAUUACAUGAUAUCUAUUUGUGGAAGUGCUGCACUUAGAGAGCUUUCUUCUCCUGGCAAGAGUGGAAGUGUUUUUUUCCUCUCUCAAGAUGAUAGGUUUAUGAUUAAGACCCUUCGAAAACCUGAAGUUCAGGUCCUUUUACAGAUGCUUCCUAACUAUCACCAUCAUGUCCGUACCCAUGAAAAUACGCUUGUAACAAAGUUUUUUGGGCUUCACCGGAUCAAAACAGGUGGUCAAAAGUUUCGGUUUGUGGUGAUGGGAAAUAUGUUCUGCACAGAACUGAGAAUUCAUCGAAGAUUUGAUCUGAAAGGAUCAUCCCAAGGACGUUCCACUGACAAGAUUGAAAUCGAUGAGAACACCACACUCAAAGAUUUGGAUUUGAACUAUCAAUUUUUCCUGGAACCUUCUUGGCGCCAGGCUUUACUGAAGCAAAUAGAGGUUGAUUGCAGAUUUUUGGAGACACAAAGAAUUAUGGAUUAUAGCCUUCUACUAGGAGUGCACUUUAGAGCUCCCCAGCAUCUGCAGUCGUUCAUCAUGGAGCAGCAAGCAGCAGCACCAGGAGGUUUUAGCACACGUUGUGAAGCAGCUGAAUACGAAGAUGAAAUUUCCAGCUAUCCUCAAGGCCUUGUUUUGGUUGCCAGAGGACCUCAUCAGAAUGGUGUUGUGGUUGGUCCUCAUAUUAGAGGCAGCAGGCUUCGCGCUUCUGCUGCCGGUGACGAGGAAGUCGAUCUUCUUCUUCCUGGCACUGCCAGGUUGCAGAUCCAGCUUGGAGUCAACAUGCCUGCCAGAGCAGAACACAUUUCUAUGCAUGAGAAAGGUGACUUGUUUCACGAGACAUAUGAUGUUGUGCUCUAUCUUGGCAUCAUUGACAUAUUGCAAGAAUACAACAUGAAGAAGAAAAUUGAGCAUGCGUGCAAGUCUCUUCAGUUUGAUUCUUUCUCAAUCUCAGCUGUUGACCCUGCACUUUACGCCGACCGUUUUUUAAAGUUCAUCAAGUAUGUAUUUCCCACAAACCCUGAACCUCUGUAAGAUUUGUUCAUUUGGUUCAGAGGUUUUUUCCAAUCUCUGUGUUGCUAUCUAUGAGCUGGGUCUGGUUAAAAAAAUAUAUAUAUUAACCAAACCCUCCCAUGCCCAUUUAAGUAGUAUGUUUUUUUGCUGCUUACAAUAAACUUUGCGGAUUUUAAUCAGAAGGCCGUUCAGAUUUU